AUGUGCUAUAAAAGAGUUCUAGUUGUUCUUGAUAAUGUUGAUGAUUUGGACCAAGUAAAUGCAUUAUUGGGGAUACGAGAUUGGGUUCAACCAGGAAGUAAGAUUAUGAUAUCUACUAGACAUGUGCAAUUGCUAAAGGCUGAUGAAGUGUACAAGUCGUAUGUGGUUAAGGAAUUGAAUGAUGAUGAAGCACUCCGUCUCUUCAGCUGGCAUGCCUUUGGACAAGACAAACCUAUUGAAGCUUACAUGAAGCACUCAAAAAGGAUGAUCAUGAGAAAAAUUUAUUCCUUGAUAUUUGCUUGUUUCUUUGUUGGAAAGGACAAGGAUUACAUAGUUAAAAUAUUAGAGAAAUAUGAUUUCUCCAUAACAAUUGGUAUUCAAAAUCUCACUCAUAGAGGUCUCAUAGAAGUUAAUAAAGAUAACAACAAGCUGUUAAUGCACUAA